UUCUCCGGCUGUUAUAAACGAAAGACAGCGGUUCAGAUCAGAUGUGUGAGACGGAGCUGUCCGGGUGCUGACUGCAGGAUCGCCAUCUUGCCCGCUGAUCAUCAUCAUCCCCAAUAUAGAAUAGGAACGCAGGAAUCCGCAGCGAGGGGCGGGACGACAGGUUGAGCACACAGAAACACAACAUGGCUGACGACUUCAACGUACAGGUGAAGAAGGUUGCCAUGGCGAUGGGGGCGAAUCUUAGCGACCUCGACAUCGACAGGCUUCCGCGUGAGAUGAGGCUGCAAGGGACCUUCAACUACUCAAAGUUCUUUGAGUACAUGCAGCAGUUCAAGACUUCUGACCAGAAGGAGGAAGUGAUCAAGAAGGCCUUCCAGCUCCUGGACAAGGACAGCAGUGGCUACAUCGAGUGGAACGAGAUCAAGUACAUCCUGUCCACUGUCCCGGGCUCCGUGCCCAUCGUCCCGCUGUCCGACGAGGAGGCAGAGGCUGUGAUCCAGGCCGCUGACACAGAUGGGGAUGGGAGGAUCGAUUUCAGAGAAUUCUCUGACCUGGUCCAACUGGAGAAGAAGCCCAGAAAGUAGUGUCCCGGGGCCGAGGCCUGAGGUCCGGUCCUGCGGCCCAGCGUGGGUCUCGGG